CGACCAAACCCUUGUGGCUCUCCAGCAAUCAUGAUAAGCACAACGAAGAUAAUAUCUCGUUUGUCCCGACCAGCGGUACCGUUCCCUGGUCUCCUCAACAACAGCUGGCGCAUAUACCGCCGCAGAUCACAUUCGCAUAGAAGCAUGUCGACCAUCGGGUGGUACGGUUUUGGUAACAUGGGCGAAGGAAUGGCCAUGAACCUCCAAAAGCACCUCGCGGCUACCAAAGCGACCCCUCUCCUCGUCUACAACCGGACUACCUCGCGAACGGACGCGAUCGUGGCCGCGGGCGCUAAACCGGCCCCGUCGCUCUCGAGCUUGGUAUCUUCCUCUGACAUCGUCUUCACCUGCCUCACGAACGACGCUACGGUCACUUCCGCGUACGAAGAUAUCGCUCGGAACGAUGGGCUACAGGGCAAGGUCUUUUGCGACUGCUCCACGAUUCAUCCGGACACCUCGCGGUCGAUCCAAGCCUUGCUCGCGAAACGGCGAGCCGGGUUCGUUGCGGCGCCGGUAUUCGGUGCGCCUCCAGCCGCCGCCGCCGCGAAGCUCAUCUUUGCUCUGGCCGGUCCCCCGGAGUACGUCGCCAAGAUCAAGCCAUAUACAGAGGGCGUCAUGGGUAGGAAAGUGAUAGAGAUGGGUGAAGAUGUCGGAAACGCUGGGUUAAUGAAGAUCACGGGCAACAUAUUCGUCAUGACCGUGAACGAGUCGCUCGCGGAGGCGCUCACCUUUGCGGAGAAGUCGGGUUUAGGGCCCGAAAGGAUCCACGACUUCGUGCAGGCCAUGUUCGCGGGCACGCCGUACGAGCUGUAUUCUAAGAAGAUGCAGGCGGGUCAGUGGGUCGCUAAGGAUGGCGAAAAGCCCGGAUUCAGCGCGCCGAACGCGCUAAAGGACAUCAACCAUUGCUUAUCUCUUGCGAAAGAAUCCGGUGCUAGGAUCCCUAUCCUCGAAGCCGCUCAGAGGCAUCUUAGUGCUGCUCUCGAAAAGCACGGAGAACAGGCUGAUGUGAGUGCGAUGUAUGGCGCUGCUAGGGAGGAAGCUGGACUACCGUUCGGGCCUUCAUGAGCUCUACUAAGCCUCGAUGCACCUCGAACUUGAAGUGACGAGCGGGAAAAUCAUACGGUUGUGGAGGUUCAAAGAAGUUACCGACUUCGAUCACUUGAAACCGUGCGAUGGCCAGGUUGUGUUUCUUCCGCCCUUGUCCAAUUUCUUGGUUUCUCUGCGCUGUUGACUCCAGCGACCAGCGGUUACACGAUUUGGGACAUACCUUCCCGGAUUGUGCCUACCACGCCCAGUUGGGACACCGAGCUUCUAAACAGCUUGAACAUACUCCGGUCUCCUCAACUUCCGUCUCCAUAACUUCCGUUUCCUUUCUGCGGCAAUCAUAUCUUCCCGCCUCUUGGUUUC